UAGUGCUUCUUCGGGAGGAAAGGCAGAGACUGACAUGGAGCUGGGGAAGUAUCUGGCUGGCCUCAUCUUGGCUGUCACUCUUCUUCAAGGUACUAUAGCCCAGAAGAAACAAGAAGUUCCUGUGGUAAAAGUGGAUGACAAACGAGAAGAUGGUUUGGUAUUUCUGAUUUGUGACUCACAAGACACAAAUGUCACAUGGUUUAAAGACGGGAAGGCAACAACUUCGUCGCAUAAAAAUAAAAACAAGUUUGAUCUGGGAAGCAGUAUCAAGGACCCUCAAGGGAUAUAUCAGUGUCAAGGAUCAAAGAACAUUUCAAAACCACUCCAAGUAUAUUACAGAAUGUGUCAGAACUGCAUUGACCUGAAUGCAGGCACUGUAUCUGGCUUUGUCUUCGCUGAAAUCAUCAGCAUUUCCUUCCUUGCUGUCGGGGUUUACUUCAUUGCUGGACAGGAUGGAGUUCGCCAGUCAAGAGCUUCAGACAAGCAGACUCUGUUGUCCAAUGACCAGCUUUACCAGCCCCUCAGAGAUCGGGAAAAUGACCAAUACGGCCACCUUGAAGGAAAGCGAUUGAGGAAAAACUGAACUCAGGACUCAAAGUAGGUGUUCUCCCUUUGAAUAGUUCUCAGAAACAUGGCAAUACGGUUUGCAGCACUCCUAGCAAAGAGACGGUCAGCCCUAAAUCUAGAUUCAAGUCUCCCAAAGGUGACAAAUGGAGAAAAAAAGCCCAUCAGGGCAAAUUUGGAUUUUUCUCAAAAUAAACUAAAAGUAAAGUAAAAAUAUGUAUGGUGUUGCAGGAGCGCCACCUAUUGGGAGGUAAUUUUUCUGUAAAAGAAAACUGAAAAGGUCAAAUAACCCCCUCUAUUUGAAUGUUACUUUUUUAAAGUUCUAAUUUUGAUUUACCUUCUGUAUAAGUCAUAAUUUACAUGGUUCAAAUAUAUAAUGAAGGUCUCCCUCCACCUCCAUCCCCAGCCAUUCAGCUGUCCUUUCCAGAGACAAACAAUAUACUAGUUUCUUAUAUAUCUUUAUUAGGUCUAUAAGGUAUUAUAAAUCAGAGGUAUUCUAGGCAUACGUAAGCAAACUCUCUUUUUUUUUUUCAUAAGCAAACUCUUAAGUACACAUUAUUCUUCCCUUCCCUAUUUUUCACACAAAUGGUACCAUACUAUACAUCUUGCACUUUUCACCUAAUAAAAUUUAAGAUUAUUUCAUACCAGCAAGUAAAGGAGCGCCUUUUUUUUUUUAAAUGCAACCACAUUGCACAGACUCACUAUGAUUUAUUUAAUCAGUCCUCUAUUAAUGGACAAAAUAUUACUGCCAAUAUUUUGCUCUUAAAAUACUGCAAUGACUAACACUGUAUAAAUGUCAUUUUAAAAAUAAUUGUAUUGAGGUAUAAAUUAUAUGCUAGAAAAUUCACUCAUUUUAAGCAAUUUCUCCUGUUCUCAGUAAGUUUUACAAAAUUUACCCAGCUGUGCAAUCAACACAAUCAUUAGAACAUUUCCAUUACCCUCUUAAGAUUUCUUCUGCUGUUUGCAGUCAUUCCCUGUUCCCACUCUCAGCCCCAGGCAACCACUAAUCUCUUUUCUGUCAGAGUUGCCUUUUCUACACAUUUCAUAUAAAUGGAAUUAUACAAUAUGCUGUUAAUUAUAAAAUGUGCUGGACAAUCUCAUGUCAAAGAUCACGCUAAUCGUGGGCGCCUGGGUGGCUCAGUCGUUAAGCGUCUGCCUUCGACUCAGGUCAUGAUCCCAGGGUCCUGGGAUCGAGCCCCGCAUCGGGCUCCCUGCUCGGCGGGAAGCCUGCUUCUCCCUCUCCCACUCCCCCUGCUUGUGUUCCUGUUCUCGCUGUCUCUCUCUGUCAUAUAAAUAAAUAAAAUCUUUAAAAAAAAAAAAAAAAGAUCACGCUAAUCUUUGUGUGCACCCCAUGUCUACAUUUCUCCGGGACUGACACCUGGGAGUGAAGAAUUGCUGUGUUGUAUGGCAAAUUUAUGUUUAACUUUUUAAGAAAUUCCCUGUACCUUUUUACGUUCCCACUAGCAAUGGAUGAGGGUUUCUGUUUCUCUAUUAUCCUCACCAAUAUUUGUUACUUUGUUUUUUUAGUAUAGCCGAUUCUUCUAGGUAUAAAAUGGCAUCUUAUUGUACCUUUAAUUUGCAUUUCCCUAAUGAUUAAUGUUGUUGAACAUCUUUCCAUGGGCUUGUCUGCCAUUCUUUUGUACCUUUUGUACCAUCUUAUUGUACCUUUAAUUUGCAUUUCCCUAAUGAUUAAUGUUGUUGAACAUCUUUCCAUGGGCUUGUCUGCCAUAUCUUUAGUGAAACGUCUAUUUCAAAUCUUUUUUUUAAAUUUGGGUUGUUUCUUUGUCUUACUGUUGAAUUGAAAGAGUUCUUCUAUAUUUUGAAUACAAGUCCUUUAUUACAUAUGUGAUUUACAAAUACAUCGGCCAGUCUGUGGUUUGUCUUUUCAUUCUCUUCAUGGUGACUUUUGAAGCACAAAAAUUUUUAAUUUUGAUGAAGUGCAUUUUACCCUUUUUUUUUUUUUUUAUGGAUUGUGCUUUUGAUGUCAUGCCUAAGAAAUCUUUGACAAACUCAAGGUCAUGAUGAUUUCUCCUAUGUCUUCUUUUUGUAGUUUUUAAUGUU